AUGUCAGAACAAACUCAAGCUAAACCAGCAACCACUGGUGCUCCAGAGGAAAGAAGAAGCAGAGGAACCUUCGGCCAAAAGGGAGGCGACAGAAGAAGAAAGGGUGGCAGAAAGGGACCAAGAAGAGAAGGUGAAGGAAAGGAAUCAUGGGUUCCAACCACCAAACUCGGUAGAUUGGUCAAAGAGGGUAAAAUCAAGGAUAUUAGAGAAAUCUUUGUUCACUCCAUCCCAGUCAAGGAACACCAAAUUAUUGAUCACUUCUUGGGUUCCAAGUUGACCGAUGAAGUCAUGAGAAUUUCUCCUGUUCAAAAGCAAACUACUGCUGGUCAAAGAACUCGUUUCAAGGCUGUCGUUGUUAUUGGUGACUCUCAACACCAUUGUGGUCUUGGUAUUAAGGUUGCUUCUGAAGUUGCUACUGCUAUCAGAGGUGCUAUCAUUCUUGCCAAGUUGUCAAUUGUUCCAACCAGAAAGGGUUACUGGGGUAACAAGAUCGGUGAACCACACACUGUUCCUUGUAAGUUGACCGGUAAAUGCGGUUCAGUCAGAGUCAGAUUGAUUCCUGCUCCUCGUGGUUCUGGUUUGGUUUCAUCACCUGUUCCAAAGAAGCUCUUGUCAUUGGGAGGUUACAUUGAUGUUUUCACUUCCUCAUCUGGUCACACCAAGACUCUUGCUAACUUUGUUUCUGCCACCUUCCAAGCUAUUAAGAAGACUUAUCACUUCAAGACUCCAGAUUUGUGGAAUGUCAACCCAACUCCAAUUUCUCCAUUCGCUGAACACUCCAAAUUCCUCUCUGAGAAGAGAACUGAAAAGAAGUACAAGAAGGAAAGAGGUGAAAGAGGUGAUAGAAAGGAAAGAGGUGAUAGAAGAUAA